AUGCCCACCAUCCGUGUAGGUCUCAUCGGCCUCUCUGGCGCCACCGAUUACGAGGGCACUGCCUGGGCACCAAAUGCUCAUCUCCCAUAUCUACAACGAUCGGAGUAUUUCACUAUUACAGCGUUGCUCAACUCAUCCGUUGAGUCAGCUCGGGCUGCUAUCAAAAAGUACAGUCUCCCAACAGAUACCAAGGCGUAUGGCAAUCCACAAGACCUUGCCAAUGAUCCCGACAUCGACCUGGUAGUCUGUGUUGUCCGAGUCGACCGACAUUUCCAGACGGUGCGUCCCAGCUUGGAGGCCGGCAAAACUGUCUUUGUUGAGUGGCCCCUCGACCGCAAUCUAGAUGUUGCAAAGGAAAUGGCUGCUUUGGCGGCCGCUCACAACGCAAAGACCAUUGUCGGACUGCAGGCUUCCUACGCACCAGUCAUCCGCAAGCUGCGUCAGUUGGUAGACGAGGGAGUCAUUGGCCGAGUUAUGUCCAGCACGCUUCUAGGGUCGUGUGGGAAUGAUGUCGCCUCUGAGAGCAAGAAUGUGCGAUACUUUCUCGACAGAACGGUGGGGGGAAGCCCGAUGAGUAUUCAUGUCGGACACACCCUCGAGACUGUGACUUCCGUCCUUGGCGAAUUCAAAGCCUUCACCAGCAGCUGUGCCAUCAGUCGCCCGGAGCUGGACCUUGUGGAUUACGCGGACGGCGGAAAGGUGGUCGAGCAAUCCGUCCGCAACACCGUUCCAGAUCAGAUCCUGAUGCACGGCACGACAGAGAAGUCGGAUGCAUUCGUCAGCAUCAAUCUGUACGCAGGGAAGGAAAUGCCAGGUCUGCCCCGACUCGACUGGCGGAUUCAGGGGGAGAAAGGCUGGCUCCGAGUGACUUCACCGAUGUUGUUCCUUAAUGUCGGCACCCCAGAGACCAAGUUGGAGCUGUAUCGUACCGAGUCUGGCCAAGUCGAAGAGGUCCAAGUGGACGAGGACGAAUGGGAUUCGCUGCCCAUCCCUGCCCAAAAUAUCGCGCGACUUUACGAGGCGUAUCGUAAAGGGGAGUGGUAUCCUACAUUCGACUGGGCUUUAAGGAGACAUGAACUGAUUGAUGGGAUGUGGAAGCGAUUUGAUCAGGGUAUCCAUUUGAGCUGA